AUGCCAGCCCAAAAGGAAAUCUUGGUUAGACUGGACACUCUGAGAAGCAGACUGACCAAAAAGGAGGCCUAUGUUGAGACUACGGAAGGCUCACACACACGGCCUAUAUCCCCCAAAUGCCUAGUGGACAAGAGGACGGUGGGAGGCGCCUUUAAAUGUGUAGAUUCGGAAGACCAAUCGCAGCCCCCGCUGGUGUAUG